AUGAAUGUAACAGAAUCAACAAACUCUAGAAGACAAGAAGAAAAUGACAAUGUGAUAACAAGAAGAGAAAAACGCAGUAGGAAAAAGUGUAAAAGUGUCAGAGGAAGGAAACUAAUUUCUUGGGCGAUCUCCUCUAUUCGAUGUGUAGAAGCGCUCUAUAACAUUGGUCAGAGAUUAAAGGAACAACGAUCUUUUUCUAUCCAACAUUUAGCCAACAAUGUGAAGAUUGGUAAAUUGGGCUUGGAGAACCGAAAAACACUCGGAGAUUAUGUUAAAGAGAAUGGGAUCUUAGACGAAUCUGAAGGCUCGUAUACACGUUCCAGAGGCACAUGUUCUCAUAGGAAUCCCACCACUGCGACAAUAGAUCGUUUGGUUAUCAUGAACCCGGUUGAUGACAUGGAACUUGCAAAUCUGCGGUUAUACCUAUGUGGCCCAAAUUGUUUCGAUAUCGAGAGACCCACCCAGAGAGCUAGUACCCAACAACAUGAACAACUUCAUGCAGUUCUGCAGUUGGGUUUGAAGUGGAUGAGAGGGGAACAGAGUGGGGACAAGGUAGUUUUGGUCUUCUUCACCGUGAACAUAUAA